UAGGUUACUUAUCUGUUGCACACACACACAUAUACCGUAUAUAUCUCAAAUAAUGAGUUGACGCAUAGAGCCUUUUUAGAUAAGUCGUAACAAUAAUUGGUAAUUUUAAGGGUAUUUUCAAUAAUUUUAUCACUGCAUGGUAAAAAUCAAUUCAGACCGGACUUUUUAAUCUACUAAAUUUAAUUCGACUUUCAGUGUAAUGGGAAUUAUCUGUAAAAAUUGUAACAACAAUCCCCAAACUCGGCAAAGGCGACCUACCCUUUUGUAGGACUAGUCCAGUAUUCAACCUUCCACAAAACAGUAAUUUUAGUUUUCCAGCUUUGAUCUUGCCUUUCUCCUUUCAAAAGCAUACACAUAUAUAAAGCCAACAGUUACAAUAAGACAUUGAAAAGUCUAAAAAAAUGAUUGAAUUUAUAAUGCAUUCAAAUAGAAUAGAAUUUAGGCGCGGAAUAUAUGUACAGGAUAGACUGUAACAUUUCAAAUGUCCAUUUUUCAAACAUACGAGAAAUUUAUCAGUACUCUGCGUGAAAGUCUUGCAGUUAGAAUAAAACAUAACAAAUAUUUAUUUCCGACUAGUACACAGUAUAUACUUAUUGAAUGGCUUGCCGGUGAAUACUUGAAUAGCUUGCCGGUCAAUAGACAAAAUUAUUUUUUCGAGGUCAGAAAGAAUAAGUGCCGGCUGACUAUUCAAUAUGUGUUUAAUUACAUGGCACAGAAAAUAUAUUUUUGUAUUUUUUCUUCAGUUGUAUUUUUUAAACAUAGCAAUAUUUAGUGCCAUACUAUAAACAGUCAAUAGCACAGACUAUAGACUCGCAUAUUUAUAAGGUAUAUUAUUACAGUAAUAGUUACGAUGCAGUAUUUUUAGAAUGUAUACGGUCUGCGCUAGUUUACGCCUGACCGGUUUGUUUGUAAACAAUGCACAUAUAUACGCAGAAAUCUAUCGGGUUUAUACCUGAAUUAUCUAGUUGUUAUUCACGUUUCAUUCUUCUUACUUUAAACAAGGAUAAACUUUGUGCGCAUUAUUCUUUAAGUUCGUAUGUCAAUUUGAAAAUAUAAUUUGUGAAUUUCAAUAUAUGUUAUCUUUUUAAGAUCAUUUACUAGAAAACUUUAGUCUGACGUUAGAUGAUUAGGAAUUUUACAGUGAUACAGAUAACUAUCUUAUGUCUUUGUUUAGUGAUUUCAUCCAAAGAUGCGGACUAUCUACGAUUACACAGAGAAGCCAGAAUUCUGGUGCUGGGAGCCGGCAUGUCAGGAGUCAGUACAGCAAAGGCGCUACAUGAUGCCGGGUACAAGAAUAUCCUGAUGCUUGAAGCGACAUCUAGAAUUGGCGGACGGAUUAAACAUGAACGACUCGGCAACUACACGGUUGAGUUGGGUGCCAUGUGGAUCUACGGCAAAGGUUCGAACCCCGUAUACAAUAUGGCUAAAAGGCACAACAUAUCUUACACGGAUAAUUUCCUAGAUGAUUGGACAGUGCGAGAUGAAAACGGAAAUGACGUCACCGGAGCAGCGGAUAUUGCUUACUCUAAGUUGCAAGACGCUCUCACAAAUACUAGUGAUCUGAUACAUGAGGCUGAAGACGACUUUACAGUUCUAGCGGGACUGAGGAAUUCAGAUUGGAGUCCAAAGAGUGAAGUUGAUGACGUCAUAGAAACUUACCUACUGGAUUUUGAAACCGGUAUGCCUCCAUCAACAUUGUCCGGCAAGAAACUGCACUUGCAUGAUACUUUUGAGGAUUUUAGAAAUUAUGAUAUGAUGGCAGUCAAACAUGAGACUGGUUUUACGGAUAUAGUAAAAGGUUUACUUGAAAGCUUCAUGUCUGAAGAAGAUUCUCGUCUUAUGUUUAAUAACACGGUAGAAUUGAUUGAACAUGGAGAUUAUUCGGUCAGAGUAUAUACUGAUAACGGAGGAAUGUUUGAAGCUGAUUUUGUUGUCGCAACAUUCAGUUUAGGAGUUUUACAACAACGAGAAGUACAAUUCUCCCCGCCUUUGCCACCGAAAAAACAAUUAGCAAUAGAUAUGUUUGGUUUCUGCCGAUUCACGCAUAUAUACAUCCAAUUUCCACAUUCUUUCUGGGACGAAACAAUGUACAUUCUUCGCGCAUCUAAAAUUCGGGGACAUUUCAGCUGCUGGCAAAACAUGAACACGAUUUACCCAGGAUCGAACAUUCUACAACUGUCACUCUUCGGAGAUGACGCGACAUGGGUUGAUAGGUCCACAGAUGACGGGGUCAUACAAGAAGUUCUGGACGUCUUGCAAUCGCUAUACCCGAACGUUAACAUUCCAAAACCGUCUGGGUUCAAGGUUUCCCGGUGGAACACGGAUCCCCUGACGCGAGGGGCGUUUAGCUACUGGCCUACUGGAUUCACUGACGAAAACAUGAAGGACCUACAGGCGCCUGUUGGGCGGUUAUUCUUUGCUGGGGAACAUCUAGAUCCUCUUCAUUAUGGGUUCGUCCACGGUGCGUACAGAUCUGGUCAGCGUACCGCGGAGGAUCUUAUACAGUGUAUAGAAAACCCGUCAAAGUGUGUUCAUCACGGGCAUCAGAUGACUAAAAGACUACAAUGUUUAGAUGAAGCAGCAGACGGCUGUAUAUCUAAUGGGACAAGUGUUUUGACAUCUACUUUUAAAAUUGUUUCAUGUUUGUUGGUGACAGUUAUACUGUACUUCACUAGUAUAUUCUAGAUAAUUUGUAUAUGGGUUUCGUCACGUCAGAGUGGACCUAUAAUGACGUUUUAUUUCAGUAGAAGGAACGUUUUCAAGUAUAUGGAAAAAUGUGGAAAAAUAUUGACGUCUUAUGUUCCAGUGUAACUUAAUAAAGUUGAUAAAUAAGUAUGUAGUAAUGACGUUUUAUUGAGCAGGAACGUUUUCUAGUACAUUUCUACAUUUCUAGUUAUAACUAUUUCAUAUAUUGUUAUUCUUUUUACACGUGUAAAUUCAAAACGUAGCAUUUAGUUCUAUACAUAUAUUUGAUAAUUUGAAAAUUUCACCGGAAGGUACUUUCCUAGGUGUUGAAUCAUAGUUUAAAUACUUACUUUUUCAGUUGACUGUAUGUCAUGCUCUUAAAAUAUAACCUAACGUACAAAGCAA